CCCCAAACCAACCCUUACGAUUCCAAAGUUUAGAGGGGCAUGAAGUGCAAUAAUAUGGGCUCUAAAUAAGCGUUACGCGUUGCAAAUGGGUAAAGACUAAAAUUUUAACAAAUAGGUACAAAAUGGACACAAGUGCUAUGUCAAGUUCCGGCCUUUUGGAAUGGGAAUUUUCUUUGCCUUCCGACCAAAUCAUAUCCCAUGGGUGGUACCACGGCGCCCUCAGCCGUACUGCCGCCGAGAACCUGCUGCAGCAAGAUAGGGAGUUCCUGGUUCGAGAUUCGUCAUCGCAACCGGACAACUACGUGCUGAGCUGUCGGUCUAAUAGUCAACACCUGCAUUUUGUCAUACAACGGAUUGUCGUUCAUCCCGAUACAGUCUAUGAAAGAUACCAAUACCAGUUCGAAGACGAAGCUUAUGAUACGGUCGCUGAUCUGAUUACCUCUUAUGUUGGUUCAGGAAAACCAAUAUCAGCAGCUUCGGGGGCCAGAAUCCAAUAUCCAGCAAACCGUCUGGUACCCCUGACUAAUUAUAUACAAAGUGAUGAUUCGGUUAAUUCAGUCGUAUCCCCCGUUGGAGAUGCUGGAAACUAUGGAAACCCUUAUAGUUUGUACAGCCAUUUUGCUGCCAAGCCUGGCAUGCAACUACGAGUUCCAUUCAAAAAGCAACGAUCACAUUCCUUGACACCGAUCGAUAUAGGGCAACAUGUGAAUCAUGGGAAAAGUGCAAGCGCUGAUGGUGUCAUACAAAGUCAGACAAACAAACACAAUAAGAACCUAAGUGAGUGCAAUUCGAAUUCUAGUACUUGGGAUGCGAAUUUACCAACGAGUCCCCCGGCAAAACCGGCUAGGUACGAUGGCCCCAAAGCUGACGACCGAAGACUUGAACUACAGAGGCUUUAUCACGUGUCAGGGUCGGACUCUGGGAACGGAUCAGGAGAUUCCACUCAAAGCUCAGCUCACAGUGACCCCAAUAAGUCUAGGAUCGACUCUGACUACAACAUUGUCACACCGACCAUAAAGCAACAGUUUGAUUAUGAGCUUACUGAAGCGAGACUAUUACAAGCAGAAAAUCUUGACUACGUAGUAGAAUCGCGGAUAAACUUGGAAGGUUUUCAGUCCCAAAUUAUUUCAACUGGACUCACGAAGCCAUUGGAGUCGGAAACACUUCAUACCAUAAAAUUACUUUUACGAACUUCAGGUCCGAGGAUUUUGGCGAACCACUUGACUAAAGUAGAUUUUAUUUUUUUGUUAGACGAAUCUAUUCAGAUUGAGGGGCUAGAGAAAACGGCAUCUGGAUUGGAAUUGUGCUUCUUACCACAAGGCAGGCCACUUCGUUUUGAUGUGAUUGAAAGAGUCGAAACAUUCCGGCUUUUAAUAGCUGUGACUAUCUUGACCUGCCAAACGGAUAGGCAAAGAGCUGAUACUAUUAACGAUUGGAUUCUGUUGGCGAUCGAAACUAAAACAGCUCUUGGCAAUCUGUACGGAUUCUCUGCCAUAAUGUUUGGAUUGUGUAUGCCACAGGUGGAAUGCUUGGAGAAUGCAUGGAACAUAUUACGUCGCGUAUACACAGACAACGCGUUCAUGUUUGAAGCUAAGUUGCGACCGUGUUUCAAGAGUAUGAACGAGGGUACCAAUCCUUUGCCACCGAACACAACUACCCCAUACAUUUUGCCACCUGUGUUGUGCUUUCAUUUAUUCGACGGUGAGGGUGGAAGUCUGAUGCCUCCCGAUGACACGUUCCCGAGUAGUUUGAUGAACAGCAUGGAGUUCGAUUUCAACGCCACAGCGGCACAUUUGGAGGCAGCUCGCCAUUUCCCCGUUCAAGUGGACAUGUUCAAACGAAACGCCAGGACGGUGAUCCAGGAGAUGUCUUCACUGGGCCCUUCUUUAGACCCCACCUUACUAGAACUCUUCCGGACAGAAUUCCACAUCAACUUCCUAUGGGGUGAACGCGGCGCGUUGACGACUCCUUACCAGAGGUUCGCGAGACUUACCGAUAUUUUAACGACGAUGGCUAACAAAUUGGCCAACCAGUGCCAGUCUUUAGAUGGUAACGAUGUAGUUUGAAUUUCCACAACAAGAAGCCUUAAUGUAAAAUAUUGGGC